AGACCCCUUUCCUUUCUCUCUCGAGCGGGAAAAAUAUUACUUAAUUAAUGUAGUACUAUUAACAACAAACAAACAAAGCUCCCCCUCUCUCUCUCUUACUUUCUCUAUCUCCCUCCCUCUCUCUCUCUAAAGUCUCUAGCUUUCUUUUCUUCCCUAGCUUUGCUAGCUCAGAUUCUCUCCAAACCCUUAUCUCUAGCUCUCAUUUCUUCUCCAAAAAGGACCAUGGCUGUUGCGUUUGAAGGCUUCUCCAUCCGGGAGUACGCGGCGAAGAUGAGGACCGCGGACGUGUUCAAGUGCUGUCCCUUCGUCGACGACGAUCAUGAUGAUAAAGUUAUGAGCAAAGAGCAAGCCGAGUCCUUGUUACCUCCGAUCACUGUCACCAAGUUCAAGCUGUGGUCCCAUGAGCUCGACCGCAUCAAAUCCAACCUUCAACCCCAAGAGGAGACUAUCCUCACCCUCACCAACAAAGAAAGCGCCGAAGAAAUUCCAACCAACGACCAUCAAUUCCCUGCCGUGCCUGAACGACAUGAGGAGGUUGAGGUGGCGGAGAAAGCACCGGGGUCGUUUCUUUGCCCUGUUUGCAAGGAUUUCGAAGGGGCGAGUGUCAAUGCCGUCCACGAGCAUGUCGAUAGGUGUCUUGUUCACACGUCUAGGGAGGAGCGGAGGCCGGUGAAGAGAGGAGGCACCGCCAAGGCGAAGUCCAAGGCCCCCAAGAAGAGAUCCAUCGCUGAGAUUUUCGCUGUGGCGCCGCCGAUGCCAACUGUUGAUGAGACGAAUGAAGAUGAAGUUAGUGAGAACGAAGAAGACGAAGAUCAACAGCUUGUUGUUUGUACUACUACAAAACUAAAGGCGAAGAAGGUUAAGAAAAGAAAGAAAGAGAAGAGUGUAGUACUCUUGGAAGAGAACAACAAUUUCAACAAGAAGAUUAACAAGAAGAAAAACAAGGAAAAUUCUUGCAAACUCAAACAGAAAACUCCAGUCAAUUUUGCCAAAAAACUGCAUAAGAAGGUUGCAAUAGAUAUUUCUGAUGCUGUGACUGGCCGUGCAAAGACACCAAAUGUGAAAUAUUUAUCUACACAGAAGAGAAAAGUAGAUCAAACAUCCAAAUUUAUUCCUAAGCAGAAAAAGCCAAUGUUUACCACUCGCAGUAUUCUCAAGAAUCGUGUUCUUUGUGGGCAGAACACUACAUUUUACAGAAUGGAAGGUGAUAGUCAAGAAAAUACUUGUGGUUUUCAACAUUCAAGAAGGCAUGUCAAGUUUUCUGGCAAGGAUGACAUACUUGGUCCAAAAAAGAAUGAAAAAUCUUCAUUUGAGCAUAACUUUUUUUCUGAUACAUUAGCUAGUUCAUCAGAGAAGGAUCAGUCUGCUGACAGUGAUAAAGAAGCAGCCCCAAUUGAGGUUGACAGAAGAGAAAACAAUGUUUCUGUCAGCACAGAUAAUGGAAUUGAGGCUUGCAGUAAACCUGGAAGGAAAGAAAAUCCUGAACUUCUUGAUCACGUUGGUUUACCAAGUUUUCUUAGGCCGCAUAUAACUAGUCAAGAAAAAGCAAAGCAUUUGGCAGAGAAACCUGUACCAGCAAGUAAAGUUGCUGCAACUCCAGAUAAUAAUUUGCACAUGUUCAGUCAAGGCUACCUGACCGCUGCACGUGAACCUGCAUAUGCUGGCAUUCCUAGGCUGAUAUCUGCUCUAGAAGAUUCCUGCAUAAAAACUCAAGGAAUUACGGUUUCCAGAGCUUUUGGUUCCAGCGGCAAGAUGAUUGAUCAUUUUGUGCAUCCUAUCCAUGGAGUUUCUGCACUGAGUUCAAAGGAAAACACAGGAGCAUUUUUCGAACCUUCUAUACAUAAUUUCAUUUCAAAUGAGAAUGUAAAAGGGAGGAUUCAGUUUCUGUCACCAUCUGAAAGAGACAGAAUUAGUGAUCAUGGUCUGCACUACCAGUCCAUACGUCCUCCUAUGGACGUAGUAGGUGACUCAUAUCCAUUUCCGCAGUGGAAACAAAGACCAGUUACCUUUACGGAAAGGCUUUUGGAUGAUAAGUUUUAUGGUUUGCCUCUCAAUUCACAUGGUGAGCUAAUACAGUUUAGUUCAAGGGGUGGUAGUGGAUUUGACCAGCUGGGGAAGUUGAAUACUGUAGCUGGAUCCUCCAGUAGCUUACCUGCAUACAACCAGCAUUUUGUUGAGAGAGAAGUUCCAAGAGACAAGUUAAAUUUGUUUCCAAUGCAGAAUUAUGUUAGAGAGAAUUGCAGUUCACAUUUUCCAGAUAGAUUAGGUGUUACUUACUUUGGAAGUGCUCAAAGACCAGAUGUGCACCAGCUUGAUUUUGGGAGCAGAAUCAGCCACUCUUUUCAUCCGCUUCAUUCAGACCUGAACGCAUUCAGCAUCUCUAGCACUAGAUGCAGACAGUUUAACCAGGUACAGAAUGACAACAUAGGCAUAGGCGGAAUGAUUCCUAAGGAAACUUCAUGUCCCAUGUCGCUGAACAUGAAUCAACCAACAAUGCGGUUAAUGGGAAAAGAUGUUGCAAUUGGUAACAGUAGCAGACAAAUUCAUGGGUUUGAGGAUGGAAAGCUUUGGAUGGAUAAGGAAAUUAUAGCUGAGCAUUGUCCUUCAAGUAAUGCCUUGCUGAAUUCUUCAUUGAAGCAGAAUUUCCAUCAGAAUUGCUAUCCACCCACAACAUCAGCAAAGUUGAAAGAAACUGUAUCGCAGUCCUUAGGAAUUUGCAGUGAACAGGCUCCACAAUCAAAUUUACGGAUGAAAGCUCCAGAGUUCAGGUUUCCUCACCCUUACCAGAAGUGGCAAAGUGGCUCUGGGUUUGAGCAUGGCAGCCAUACCGCCUCCAGAAGUCCAAGUUCUAGUUUACUUCAUUUCUCUCAGUCACCAAAUUCACCUGCAUUGUUCAAUGGGGAACACAAUUUUUGUGCACCGUUCAUAUCUAGAACUGAAUCUCUACAAUCUCAACUGUUUGGUUCUCAGCUACCUGUAUUAUCUACUCCGCAGAUUACCUAUGAGCAUGGGAUUUUAAGACCUGCUGAAACCAGUUGCAAGCAGCAUCCACCUCAUUUUAGAAAAUCAGCAUUUGACUUCCCUUUCCUAAAUCCAGAAUGUAGAGAAAAUGUCCAAUCAUCAUGGUUUCAGAACUCCUCUAAGGCUGGCCUGCCCCCUUGGUUGUUGCACGCAACGCUUCAGCAAAACCCGCCAAUUACAGCUCCUCAGGUUUUUCCAAAUACUGCUAGCAAACACCUUCAUCAUAUCAUGCCCAGAAAGAACAUUUUUAAUGCCCCUUCCAUGCAUUAUUCAUCUGAAGUUUCUCAUUCACAAGUGAAGAGGUCACCAGUUCCUCAGACUGCGGUUCUGCCUCAGCAUGUUCAAGUCAUUCCAGAUGAAAGUCCCAGUUCUGCCAUGAUAGACAUGAGCUACAGGAACAGAAUGAAUGUCAAAGACAGAAUGAAACCAAAACCUUUUGGUAUCGAAGACCCUUAUCCCUGUAAGAGAACCAAGAGAUUAGCAGUUGAUUCAACAAACCCUCCUAACAUAAUCGACUUAGAAGUGCAAGAAAAGUCACGUGUUGUGGCAGGAUUGUCGUCAAGCGGGGACUUCAUUGAUGAAAUGCAGUCAAAUUUCAGAGCACUUGACCUUGAAUCUAGUCAGAAGCAGGUAAGUGUUUCAGAGUGCCUCCUAAAUGAAACUCAAAAGGAUGGAUUUGAAAGUUUCCGCAUUGAGUCUUCCAAAGUGGAUGAUGUAGGAAGAUCAGGUCCCAUUAAACUAUCUGCAGGAGCUAAACAUAUCAUAAAACCUAUUCAGAAUGUGGAUCAAGAUAACUGCAGGCCAAUUCAUUCAACUAUCCCUUUUGUUGCAGUAACAAAUCGUUGUACAGAACCAGAACCUCAGAAGAAAUCAACAAAGAUCUACAAGUUCUAAGGGUGUUCCACUUGAAGUACCAACUCCGACACUUUCCAAUUAACUGCUGAAAAACUUUUGGAUUUUAGCAUGCAUCUUUCUUCUGUAGUCAGGUAUUCUCCAUGUAACAUCUGUGAAAUACGGCAUUAUAAUUUUGGGAUAUUGGCUUUAAUCAUAUAAGCACCUUACUAUA